UUAUGAAAAGAUAACGUGGACCAUAGCAUAGAGUUAGAUUAGAGUGAUGAAAUGAAAAGAAGAGGAAUGAAUGGAUUGGUUUGGAGAAACUAGAACCACAAAAGAAGCUGAGAGACAAUGGCAGGGAUUGUGUUUUUGAACACCACUUUGUUGUGCUCACCACUACCAUGUCUGACUUCUUCUCAGCUUCAUCUUCCUCUCACUCGCCGCAUUCACUGCUCAACUUCUACUUCUACCUCAUACCCUGCUGCCACAGACAAACUUCCAAAUAGUAUUGAUUUUUCUGUAACUGGUGGUGCAUAUGAUUUCACAAAAGCAACAACAUCACUAACAAAUGAGUUAAUCACUUCAUCAAAGAAAGUCACUCUUUUAAGGCAUGGUCUUAGCACUUGGAAUGCAGAAAGUAGAAUUCAGGGAAGCUCAGAUUUGUCAGUACUAACUGAAGCUGGGGUGGAGCAAGCAGAGAGAUGCAAGAAAGCUUUGGAAAAUAUUCACUUUGACCAAUGUCUUGCCAGUCCAAUAUCUCGUGCCAAGCAAACUGCUGAAAUUAUAUGGCAAGGAAGGGAAAAACCAUUGGUUUACAUUGAUUCACUUAAAGAAAUAUCUCUCUAUCACCUUGAAGGAUUGAAAAAUGUGGAUGCUAAGCAAAUAUAUAAGGAGGAAUACAGAAUCUGGAGAGAAGAUCCAGCCAAUUUUGUCAUGAAUGGUAGAUAUCCUGUACAAGAUCUCUGGAUAGCUGCAAGAGAUUGUUGGAAGGAAAUUUUGUUGUCACCUGGAGAAAACUUUCUAGUUGUGACUCACAAAUCAAUAUUGAGGGCAUUAACUUGCACUGCUUUAGGCCUUGGCCCAGAGAGGUUUCGUUCCCUUGAUGUCAACAAUGGUGGGAUAUGUGUAUUCAACUUCAACACCAGAGGAGAAGCAAUGCUCGAGGCUUUAAACUUGACAGCUCACAUGUAUAGCGAUCAUGUAUAUCCUGCCUGAAAUCUCUUGGUUGCUGAAUGCAAGGAAGGAAGACAACUACAAUUAUUUUUUUCAUAGAAUGGAACAACACUAGUGAGUGCUUGAUGUUAACUCAUACAGAAGCUGAUGAAUUGCAGUAUAGUAUUUAGUUUGUGCUUACUAUGUAAAUUCCAAUGAUUAGUGUAUUGAGUCUAUUUAAUCACCUUAAUAUUUUUGAUAAAUAUUGUUUGAUGUCA